UCCGUCAUCUUCAGUCAUUCAGUAGUCGAGGAAAGCGAGUUUCGUUCGGAUCGUUGUUUCGUCGCGCGACUCGCCGUUUUUUUUGUAUGUGCUUUUGCCCUGCCCAAAGAAAUUUGUGUGUUACAUUUUGUGUCUGUGGAAAUUCGUACGUGAGGAAAAUCCGCAAAUUUAACACCUUCAAAAGUGAGUGACGGAAACGGGAAUUAGUGUCCCAUCGAGUGCCGGCACAGAACAGAAGACCCCUGAGGAACGUCGGGAGUGUCGCCGCCAGCCUGGAAGCGGAAGCCAUCCUCAAUCAUCCUCAUCAUCAUCAGCAGCAGCAGUGUGACCAGAAGAAAAAAUGCAAACGAUAAAGUGCGUCGUGGUGGGCGACGGUGCCGUCGGUAAGACCUGCCUGCUCAUCUCCUACACGACCAACAAAUUUCCCUCGGAGUACGUGCCGACCGUCUUCGACAACUAUGCCGUCACGGUCAUGAUCGGCGGAGAGCCAUACACGCUGGGACUGUUCGAUACUGCCGGUCAGGAGGAUUACGAUCGGUUGAGGCCACUGUCCUAUCCGCAGACAGACGUGUUCCUGGUGUGCUUCUCCGUCGUCAGUCCCAGUUCGUUUGAGAACGUCAAAGAAAAGUGGGUACCGGAGAUAACGCACCACUGUCAGAAGACGCCGUUCCUGCUCGUCGGGACGCAGAUCGAUCUGCGCGACGAGCAGAGCACGCUGGAGAAGCUGGCCAAGAACAAACAGAAACCGAUCACGCUGGAGCAGGGCGAGAAGCUGGCCAAGGAACUGAAGGCGGUCAAGUACGUCGAGUGCUCGGCGCUGACGCAGAAAGGGCUCAAGAACGUGUUCGACGAGGCGAUCCUGGCCGCGCUGGAACCCCCAGAGCCAACCAAAAAGCGAAAGUGCAAGUUUCUGUAAACCCCCUGCGUACAAUCGUGUAUUUUUGUUUGCCACCGCCACCACAACCACACGUAUAACCUUCCUUUAGACGACACACAUUCACACAUACACACAUACAUGCAAACACACGUAACGUAUUCAUCCAUACAAGCUUCCUUUUUUUUUCGUUUUCGUUUUUUUGUAUGAGACUUGAGGAAACACAUUAUAAUGACACACACACACAUUAAUAUACGUUGGUUGGAACCUAUUAUUAAAAGGUAAGGAAGGAAAAAAGCAACAAACAACAUACAAGUAGCGAUGGGAUGGGAGUAGAGAAACAGUACCGGUUAGAUUAGGUGGGAAAACAAUUGUAUUGAAAAAAAAAAAUAUUUCCUACAUUUGCAUAUAUCUUAUAAUAGCAACUAACAAAAGAAGAUAGUUUGUUUGAGAAGAAGAAAAAACAGAAGAGAAAGCAGACCUUUCUUGACGUAAGAAGAAUUGAUUAUCCUCAGAAAGACAAAAUGAUAAAAGAAGUAAAAAACACUGAUGGAUCGUUAGUAAGAAUGGCAGGAAACGCUAAAAUACUAUUAUACAACAAAAAAAAACAAACAAUUAUGAACAUUAAAAAUUUAUACAGCUUUUUUACAAAACUACAAACAAGAAUAAUGAACAAAACAAAUAUAUACCCCAUUCACAAAAAGAAAACGAUAGAAAACACAAAACAAUUAACAGUGAAGGUUUUUUUUUUUGGUAAACCAAUGAGAACCUAUUGUUGUUCCACGAAUUUUCCCCGUGGAGUUUAACAUGCAUCUUGCAUUUUCAAUCACCUGGUAAGUGCGUUUCGAUUCAAUCCCCCACACAAUCAUACAAUCCUCUUUUUUGUGAUGGAUAAUCAUUUCACUCACACCACCACUGCAGUUGUAGAAAACCCCCUCAUGCAAUUGCGUCUGUUUGCUCGGCUUAGUAGAGGAUCUUUUUCGUCAGAAUAGACCUUCUAAACUUAAAAGUUUUCCCUGAAUGUAUUUCACAUUUGUGUUGCAUUUUAGUUUCCUCGGACAAAUAUUAAGAAAUUCUGGCAACUCUGGAACAAGGUAAAUGCCAUCGCCAGAGUUACCAGAACAACCCAUAUUCGAUCAAGGCGAACUAAAAUGUGAUCUGAAGUGGAAUAGGCGUUAUUGAGGUUGGAAAAAGGUUAAAUAUGGGUCAGAUGGACAAAUUUUCUGAUAUGCAUUUGGAAAUAAUCCUUUCUCCAGCAGCUAUGGGUUAGGAGGUUAGGUCUGAAGUAUUCAAGGAGUGGUAGGUAAAGAAAAAAAUCCCGGUGCAUCGUAGGAUUAUAAAACUCAAAAUUCUUGUUUUUUUUCCACAUUCUUAUUUUUGUUAGUUUUGUUCCAUGUGAUUCGACAGAACGUUUUCCAUUUGCAUUUUCCAACGCUCUAUCGUUUCGUAAGAGUCCAUUCGCAUUUUCCACCACCCCUUUUACGUUUGUUCAUUUACACUUUGUUCUAGUUCUAUUGAUGAUUAUACACGAUUUCAACUGGAAGAAAAGAAGUUGUCUGCCUCACAAUUAUAAUAUGGAGUUAAAUUCUUUCCACAAUGGCUUCCUUCGGCAAUUUUCCCCUCCCCAAUUUGAGAGAGGAGUCCGAAGGGCGCUAAGCAUUAAAACUAGUAAGAGAACUGCGGGAGGACGAGUUAAUAGGAAGAGAUUUAUAUUUAAUAAAAAAAAAAUACAAUUAGUGACUCUGAGUAAGAGAGCUAACAUUUUUGCACGAGUGGCUUAAAUGUUUCCUUUUUUCCUUAGGAGUAAAGCCUACAACAAUUAAAUCGAAGUGCAUCCUUCUUUGAAGUCUAAUGAUUCCCCACAACUGACACACACAAAACAGAAAGACGGAAUAGAAGCGAGAGAUUUUGGAAAAAAGAAGUAAUAACACAACUAAAGCGAAACAGUUUAGGUUUUCUUAGUUUUUGUAAGGCACUCCCCUCCAGAUGAAAAAGAAAAGCGAAAAAUAAUGCAUAAAAAAAGUGU